GGUCAGCAUGGCGGGGGCCGUACCCGCGUCCAUCUGGGUGCCCUGGGACCGGCAGCCGGGGUUUCUGUGCAAGCUGCUUCGGGCCCCUGACGGUCACGAUGCCAAAAGCAGCAUCGAGGUGUCAACCCCCCCCUAAGCCUGGGGGGAGCCCCCCCUCUUCCAGAGGGGCUGCGGGGCUUCGUGGCUGUUUCUCUCCCCACAUCGAGCUGUUUUAUCCCCUCGGCGGGGGGACGCUGCGGGGGCGGAGGGGGCUCAGCACCCUCCGAGCGGGGCUCGGCCGGGCCUCCAGGUCUCCCUGGGGAAAAAGCAGCGUCCCUGUGUCACCGGUGCCUGUCCCCUCCUCAUCCCUCACGUUUGACUUCCCAGGGAGGGAUCUGACAGGCGGGUCGGGGGGAUGACGGAGCAUCCCAGCGGAACGCUGGCAGGGAAGAGCUUAGUUAACAUCGAGUGCAAGAACUCCCUUCCCCGAGCGCCUCGCGCCUUCCCUGCUCGCUGGGGAAAGGCUGGCGUUAUUUUGCUUGUAGGAAAACGCCGCCUAAUUCCCUUCCUGCGCCGAGCACUGCGGUCGCUCCAUAUCUCUCGGGGUGAUGCCUUGGAGAUCUGGGGAAGCUGCUGCUUAGAGCUCCUUGGAAAAGGAUGUUUUGGGGGGGAAAAGCUUUGGAAGAAAUGGAAAACUGGAAAUUCCUUCUAAUUUCCAAACAAGAUUGGAAAGAAAUGGAGGGUUUUUAAAAGGGACAUUUGCCCUGCUGCAGAGGAAGUUGGUCCUGAAAACUUCUCUAUUUUCAUCCUAAAAAACCCCAGCAGGAAACAUGGAAAGAAAUGGAGCCCCUCAGUCAGGCGGGUGUUUUUUCAGGACAUGAAAAGAGGCUGGUUUGGGUAAAUCUCUGUAAUGUCGCGCUAUUAAGAUGUCAGUGGGGAUUUCCAGCACUAAGCAGCAAAGUGUCCCUUAAGCUGAGCUCAGUCUGUACAUGACACGAGUUUAGCACGUUCUCAGCCAAGAUUUUAGUGAGUGUUUCUGCGUUGCACGCAGAGGUUUAUGUCUGCGGAAAGAGGCUGGGGCCGAGAUGGGCACAUCCCAGCCCCGUCACAGCCUUGCUGCCGUUUCGGGAUAGUGACCCCAUUACAUUUAGGAAAAAACCUUCCUCCUGCAGUUCCCCCAAGGGUGGACCGUGUGGCCCUCGCAGAGGGGUCCCCCAGCCACAUCGGGCCGGCGUGGCUGGUAUUUUACGCUCUAACGCCCUGCGUUGUCCACCUCUGCCUAUUAAAAUCCGAGGCUGGAUGGUUCUGGGGGGGUCGAUCGCCUCCACAGUGCCUGAGUCUGGGAGCGCCCGAGGUGAGCUGGAAGGUGGUACCCAAAUAUCCAGCGUCCGUCCAGCCCAGGCUGUCCCGCUAGCGGGGAGCGUUUGCCAUGGACGACGGCCACGUCAGCAGGUACCGCGCGAGCGUGGCCACCAGCCCGCCGCGCUGGGAGAUGGGCAUCUAUGCCGCCGGCGCCCUGGCGCUGCUGGGCAUCGCCGCCGUCAACCUCUGGAAGCUCUGGCGCUCCGGCGGCUACCCCGCGCCUUCCCCCUUCCCCAACUACGACUACCGGUACCUGGAGCAAAAGUACGGGGCGGCGUAUUCCGACGUCAAACACAAGCGGGGGCCGGCCGCGGGCUCGCAGAAGGCGCCGGAUAAAACCUCACCCGUCCGCAAGAGCAGCCUGCGGGCGGACGAGACCUUCGAGAGCAUCACGGAGCUGGGCAGCCUGGAGCUGAUGGGCAGGGACCUGGGCCUGGCCCACUACGGCCCCUUGAAGAAAUCCAUCUCGGCCGACUCCCUCAGCUCCAUCUCCUCCAUUGGGAACAACUUCGGGCAGGAUUUCACGGUGGGGCAGGUGGAGGUCUCCAUGGAGUACGAUGGGAAGGCGGCCACCCUGCACGUGACGCUGCUGCAGGGCAAGGACCUGCUGGAGAAGGAGGACGCUCGCUUCGAGUCCUGCUUCAUGCGCAUCAGCCUGCUCCCGGCCGAGCAGAUCGUCGGCAUCUCCCGGAUUCAGCGGAGCGCCUACGCCGUGGCCUUCGACGAGCGCUUCUCCAUCCCACUGGACCCGGCGGCGCUGGAGGAGAACAGCCUGCGCUUCUCCGUAUUCGGCAUCGACGAGGACGAGAGGAGCGUCAGCACCGGCGUGGCCGAGCUCAAGCUCUCCGACCUGGACCUGGCCACGCGUCCCUUCAACGCCUGGCUCUACCUGCAGGACACGAACAAGGCGGUGGACACGGUGGGGGAGAUCCUGCUCUCCUUGAGCUACCUGCCCACGGCCGAGCGCCUGACGGUGGUGGUGGUCAAAGCCAAGAACCUCGUGUGGACCAACGGCAAAGUGACGGCAGAUCCCUUUGUCAAGGUGUACCUGCUGCAGGACGGGAGGAAGAUCAGCAAGAAGAAGACAGCGGUGAAGAGGGAUGACACCAACCCCGUGUUCAACGAGGCCAUGAUUUUCUCGGUGCCGGCCAUCGUGCUCCAGGACCUGUCCCUGCGGGUGACGGUGGCCGAGUGCGGCGAGGACGGCCGCGCCGACAACACGGGCCACGUCCUCAUCGGCCCGGCGACCAGCGGGAUGGGCAUCACCCACUGGAACCAGAUGCUGGCCACGCUGAGGAAGCCCGUCUCCAUGUGGCACCCGCUCCGCAGAAACUGAGCUGCCGUCGGGGGGAGCCCGGGGUGCUGCGCCCCGGCACCGGCUCUGCCCCGGGGACAGCGGGGGCUCGGCCGAAGCAGCCACGACACGCGGCGUUGGCGGCCGGGCGGGGGCUGAGCCGGACUUCGCAGCGCGGGACGGGCCCCGGCCGCAGCAUCGUGCUGCCGAAACACGCGGCGGACGGAGCAGCUCCUCGGCCACGGCUCUGCCCACCCCGGGUCGCCCUCGCAUGCGCUGGGGGCUGCAAAACGCGCCUUUCCCCCCCACCCCGAGAAAGGAGCCCUCCCCUCAAACGGACCAAAACCAGCAGCAACCUCCCCAAAACACUGCCCGGCCGCCAGCCGUGCUCCCGAGCAUCCCGCCCGCUCCCCGGCGGCACCCGGAGUGGGUGCUGCCCCCAACAGAGACCUGCAGAGCUCCCGGCGAGGGAGGGGGUGGGUUUCUUUGGAAGGCGGUUUUUGGUCAAACGGGGGUGGAAAAGGGAGAGG